CUCACUUUUCCUUCUUCACUCACACACACUACCAACAACAACAGCACACACAUCAAGAAAUCAAAUCAUACGGAGCCUCGAACUCCAACGUUGUCUCUCUGUUUCUUCUUCUCGUGCUCAGCUAGGGUUUUGAGUUCGAAGCUGAAUCGGAGGCGGUGGUGCUGAAGUGAAGCUGAUGCAGAUGAAUUUGAAGAUCGAGCAUUGUGUUGACGGUGCUGUGGUAAGGAGCUGAAGCUGCUUUUAGAGACUGAAAUUGACAUAGGAAGCUUUGGUUCUUUGUCAAAAUGCAAUUCGCCAAGCUCGAUGACUCUCCUAUGUUCCGCAAGCAGAUACAAUGCAUGGAGGAAAGUGCUGAAUCUUUGAGAGAGAGAAGUUUAAAAUUUUACAAAGGAUGUAGAAAAUACACUGAAGGACUUGGGGAGGCAUAUGAUGGAGAUAUUGCAUUUGCAAGUUCCCUAGAAACUUUUGGUGGUGGGCAUAAUGAUCCAAUCAGUGUGGCCUUCGGAGGCCCUGUUAUGACCAAAUUUACCAUAGCCUUAAGAGAAAUUGGGACAUACAAGGAAGUCCUUCGGUCACAGGUUGAGCACAUGUUAAAUGACAGAUUGCUUCAGUUUGUCAAUAUUGAUUUGCAAGAGGUCAAGGAAGCACGGAAGCGCUUUGACAAAGCUAGCCUUAUUUAUGACCAGACUCGUGAAAAGUUUCUAUCACUGAGAAAAGGCACAAAAACUGAUGUAGCUACUGCUCUUGAAGAGGAGCUUCAUAGUUCAAGAUCUACAUUUGAGCAAGCUCGGUUUAAUCUGGUUACUGCCUUGUCAAAUGUUGAAGCAAAGAAGAGAUUUGAAUUUUUGGAAGCAGUGAGUGGGACCAUGGAUGCACAUCUUCGUUACUUCAAACAGGGUUAUGAAUUGUUGCACCAAAUGGAGCCAUAUAUUAACCAGGUCUUGACUUAUGCUCAGCAAUCAAGAGAAAGGUCAAAUUAUGAACAAGCAGCUCUCAAUGAAAGAAUGCAGGAUUACAAACGGCAGAUUGAUCGAGAGAGUAGAUGGGCUUCAAAUGGUUCUAAUGGGUCUCCUAAUGGAGAUGGUAUACAAGCUAUUGGUAGAAGUUCACAUAAAAUGAUAGAGGCAGUCAUGCAAUCUGCUGCAAAGGGAAAGGUUCAAACUAUUCGACAAGGUUAUCUCUCAAAGCGUUCCUCAAACUUAAGGGGAGACUGGAAAAGGAGGUUUUUCGUUCUUGAUAGCCGGGGAAUGCUGUAUUACUACCGUAAACAAGUCGGCAAAUCAUCUGGGUCUAGUACUCAGCACUCUGGUCAGAGGAAUAGUUCUGAGCUUGGUUCUGGUAUUUUAAGUCGAUGGCUAUCUUCUUCUCAUCACCAUCAUCAUCAUGGUGGCGUACAUGAUGAGAAAUCUGUUGCUCAUCACACUGUGAACCUGCUUACAUCAACAAUCAAAGUUGAUGCCGACCAAUCAGAUUUGCGUUUUUGCUUCAGGAUCAUUUCACCAACAAAGAACUAUACUUUGCAGGCAGAAAGUGCACUGGACCAAAUGGAUUGGAUUGAAAAGAUCACAGGGGUUAUUGCCUCGUUGUUGAGUUCUCAGAUUCCUGAAAGGAUGUUACCUGCAAGUCCAAUGGGAAGCGGUCAUAAUCGGUCUACCAGUGAGAGUAGUUCUUUUGAAAGUUCAGAUUUCGACCACACAACUGUUGAAGAAUAUGCUGAUAGAAGUUUUGCUUCUGCGCAUAUGGAGCGCCCCUCAAGAAGUAUGCACCAGCAGCGGUCCUGUACUAAAAGUGAGAAGCCCAUUGAUGUGUUGCGAAAAGUUAUUGGAAAUGACAAAUGUGCUGAUUGUGGUGCUCCUGAACCUGAUUGGGCAUCUCUAAAUCUUGGUGUUCUUGUUUGUAUUGAGUGUUCUGGUGUUCAUCGAAACCUAGGUGUUCACAUAUCAAAGGUCAGAUCUCUCACAUUGGAUGUGAAAGUGUGGGAACCUUCUGUAAUAAGUUUGUUUCAGUCUCUUGGGAAUACUUUUGCUAACUCUGUCUGGGAGGAACUAUUGCAAUCAAGAAGUGCCUUUCAGGUUGAUCUUGUCUCUACAGGCUUUAGCAAGUCUGAUAAACAAAUGAUGCUUUUCAUCACCAAACCUAGUCAAUCUGAUUCUCUCUCUGUCAAGGAAAAGUUCAUCCAUGCAAAGUAUGCUGAGAAGAUUUUUGUUCGCAAGCCCAAGGACAAUCAAUACCGUCUCCUGGUGGCGCAGCAGAUCUGGGAGGCUGUUCGUGCUAACGACAAAAAAGCUGUAUACCGCUACAUUGUUCACUCUGACAUUGAUGUUAAUGCUGUUUAUGAGCAAACUGGCUCCAACUCUUUAACCCUUGCCAAAGUAAUGCUAUUACAAGAGCAGACAAGCCUUGAUCGCAGCUCUAGUUUAGCGGGAAACGCAUUGGACUGGUCCUCUAAUAACCAUUUGAGUUCGGUGGGUGCGAAAGAAGGGCAGGCCAUGGAUAAUCUAGAUGGGUGCACACUACUUCACCUUGCUUGUGAAACCGGAGACAUUGGCAUGUUGGAGCUCCUCCUACAAUAUGGUGCAAAUGUUAAUGCAACUGAUUCGAGAGGUCAAACACCACUACAUCGCUGUAUUCUCAAAGGAAAAUCUAUACUUGCUAGAUUACUGUUAUCAAGGGGGGCCGAUCCUCGAGCUGUGGAUGACCAGGGAAGAACCCCUAUUGAGCUUGCUGCAGAAUCAAAUGCUGAUGACCAUGCUCCAUUGGCUGAUUCUAAUGGAUGACAAAAUAGAAAGACGCUGGAGCUCCAAGUAUAUUUACAUAUACAAGAUAUGGAAAGAUUGGAUUAUGUAAAUUUGUAUUUCACAAAUCGAAAAGCUGGUUUUUUCCUUUUUCUGUUGAAGGAAAUGCUACUAGAGUGAAGGAUUAAAGGAGAGUGGUAGGUUGUAAUGUCUGCCCCUUUGGUCGUGUGCAAAACAGUGACAAGAUUUGUAAUGUAAAAUGACCACAUUGGUCUGAAUCAAGAGCAAUGUUAUAUACUGGUAGUAGCUCCCAGCCAUCAAGCCAAACCAGCCAGCAAUUUGUAAAAUUCUGCUUGUGUAUUUUUUUUUUUCAUUUGCUUCCUUUGUGGUGAAGCUUUAAAUGCAUCAGGAUAGGGAUUUCUGUAUGUCGUGUACAUUGGUUUCUUUUUGUGAAAGUGUAGUGGCUGUAAUUCGCUUUUGCAUUAGGAUAGGGGUUUCUGUAUGUUGUGUACAUUAUCAACACUCUUGUUUAUUUUAUUUUAUUUUGUCUGAUUCUCCAA